UUGCAUCAAAAAAGAAAAUUUCAAAAUGGGACAAAACCCUUAUCACAAAGAUUACAAUCUAAAAUUGAUUGAUACACUUUAUAAGAAUGUGCCGGCAUUUACGGACGUUUUUGACGAGGAAACUUGGUAUACUUUCGUUGGUUGUUUCGUUGCAGGUACGAUUAUGCUCGCGUUUAUUUUAUCUAAAUUCGUUAAACUGAAACCAGUCGAUUUUUAAUGAUUUGUGGAAAUUAAAACUCAAAUAAAGAUGCUUUUUCUGAAUCUAAAGUGAUUUUUACAGAAAUUAUAAAUAAAACAUUUUGUUGAUUUGAAAGUGCAAGUAGAUAGAAAAGUCUGAUUUGUAAUGGAGCAGAAUGGCGCAAAAAAAAAGAUAAAAAUGUAUGAGUGUGAAUGAAUUUUAAGUAUAUGGAGGGAAAACCUCCCUACAGUGGAUAAUAAAAAAUACUAAUUUAUAUAAAAAAUUAAUUUAAUUGGGCCAGUAAUUAAUAAAUUUAAUUUUAAAGUAAUUGUUUUUCACUGUAGGAAGGUUCCCCCUAAAUAUUUAGACUUUAUAGUAAUCUUGUACUGACUUUUUACUCGAAAUUUCUAAGUAUUCAGAUCUGACUGAAAGUAUAAUCCUUCUAGGAAGCAUUUAACUUUGCAGAAUUUAUCAACUGGUAAAUUUGUUUAAAAGCAUUUCGAGAUUUUGAAAUAUACUUUCCCUUCAACCAAAAAUGUCGAGCAUAUUUAUAGAAUUUUAGAAAGUAGGCAAGUUUGGAUUAAAUAUCUUAAUACAGGGAAUUUUUUUCAAUGAUUUCAAUGUUUUGCUUUAUAUAUAUUACGAAAAAACAUGUACCCUAAGAAUUUAUGUGGAGUUUUGACGGAAAAUGUUAAUAUGUG